UGUUGUGAGUUUGGCUGGGCCUGGAAGGAAACUCGUCAUAGUACAGAAUAAUAGAAUUGUUCAGGUUAUGAAUGAUCCUACUUCCUUGCAAAUUGCCUUCCUUUCUGGGUUGAGAUGGGAGCUAUCCCUUUGACUGUCUCAUAUUUGCUCAUGCUCUAGCGAAGUGUAGCUGAAGGGGUGCCUCCUGUCGUCUCCCCAUCUUCAGCUAUUGAAAGUUGAUGCCGUUUUCAUGAGGAGGAGCAAUAUGGGGAUGUUCCUACAAGCAAUAGGAUGGUACUGUUAAUCAGCUCUGUGUCCUGUCCCUUCUAAAUUUUGAUCUGAGGGAAAUGAAUGAUGGGCCUGAAGCAAAUAAGCUGGUGUCUGGGGGACAGAAUUCAGGGCCAGGAAAGGAGAAGGCUGAGAAAUCUUUAGGAAGUGGCCAAAGUCCAGUGUGUGGGAAGGAAUGUGGUGUGGGCCUAAAAAGGUCAGAAAAGGCGUAACUGAAACUUGUAACUUUUUGUUAUAUGCAAAUCUCAUGUGUAGACUCUGAUGACUUUCAAUACCGUUGGGAUUGGCACUGUUUAGAAAUGGCUGUGUGUAAAAAUUGCCAUUCUGGUUUUAACAAACUUUGAAGUGGGUGCUUGGUCUGUGGGAUUUAGUUACUGCAGCUGGGUGAUGAGAUAAGCGGGAGCAACUGGACACUUCAGGGAAAUUGUAAAGGACUGGUGCCGUUUGCAAGUGUAGCAGCUGGUGCAGAGAAACUGAGAGUGGUCUGCUGCCAGGUAAGCACCUUAUCAUCACGCCUGACCUGAGCCUUUGUGCUGUUUGCAGAAUAGAAGGCUUUAUCUACGUUAGCACGCUGCAGAAGGAGUUGGACUGCCACUGACCUGAACAUUGAUCUAAUGUUGCUUAUGAAUCCUGCUAAAGUGACUGUGGACUCAAACUGGGUUUCUUUGUGGUACUGCUCUGCGAUACAGGGCUGUCAGGCUGUUCAGCACCCAUGAGCUUGCAGCUUGUAAACUGUUUUGCCCCUGAGUGCUCAAGUAUUUUUUUUUUUUUCCUGUGUGUUUUAUAGCACUCUGGGACAUGAGUUAUCCAUGUGUCCCAGUAUAGCCCCAGGGAGAAAGGAUUAAGAUUGCUCUGCCUUUGACUUCAGAUUUUUGAAAUGGGGAAUAAAAGUACAGCUGAAGUUACGUAACAGGGAGAAACUUACACAGUGAUGGUGAUGUUCCUGAAUAUAAAAGAAAAACACCAUCUGCUUUAGUCACCUUUCAAGGGAUAUGUUUACAGGCACCUCGGGGACUUAGCAAUAAACAGUAGGGAGCAAUUAUUUUUGUUAGAUUUUAUUAUGUUUUGCUCCUCCAUGAUGGUAGAAGCAGCUGUGUAGGUUGUGGUGUUCAAAUGGCUUGGAAUAAAGUUAUUUUCAGUAAAACCCGAGUUGCUCUAAAAUGGAAAAAAAAUAUGUUGGGUAGUUUUACAUAUUAUGUUCUGAAAUAAUUUGAAGCGCGUUGUUCUUAUAAGUGUUCACUCUUCCCACCCUGCUAGCAGGCAUCUGUCCUGAACAGGCUGAUCUUACAGCUCAGCUUGAUGUGCCAAACAAUGAAGAAAAUGUUACAAAUGACUUGAAAUAGAUGUUGUCACAUAUUUGGGAGGGUUUUGCAAUAAGCAUGUCAAGCCCAGUUUUGCAAGCUGUUUGUGCUUAUGGUUUUCACUGUGAUUUAAAAUACCCAUUCAGUGGUGCAGUUUCCUCUCUGUGAAGCUGAGAAAGGAUUCUCUGGGGAGCCAUCAGUGUUGAAUGACCCACCUGGGGCCAGUGUGAUUACUGGCAGGGAGGAAGACUUAAGCGAGAUGCAGCUGGAGCCAGAUCUUCAAAGGUAUUGUAGAUGAUAGAUGCCACGGAAAACAGCCAUAUAAUUAAUGCAGCUAUAUGUCAAAACUCAUAAAUCACAUAUGAAAAGCCACCUCUCAUUUUUUCUCAAAUAAGAACAGGUUUGCAUCCUUCGAGAAGGCUGCUUUCUGCUGCUGCAGCCUGCAGAAGUGGCUUAGUCUGAAAUGCUAUGCUUGAUGGGAUUGUUGAUAUUACAAUGUGUUUUGUGAAAAAUAUUUUGGGGAAAGUUUUAAGACUUUGGAGCUGAAAUGCUUCUGCUGUGGUAUUUAGGUUAUCUAGCACAACAGGGUUUAACCUGUAGCGAUGGACAGUAUCAAGAAGUGUAUGAUGAGCUAUUCUACACAGCAUGGGGACCUCACCUGGAGGAUUAUUUGUGUUGCUGGUGUUUGAGAUGUGAACAGCAGCUGAGUAAGGUGUACAGCAGAGGAGCAGUACUCGAUCCGUACCCUCUGGCUUUAUAGAAUCAUACAGUUGUUUAGAUUGGAAAAGACCUUCAGAUCAUCGAGUCCAGCCGCUAACCUAGCACUCCCAAGAACCAUGCCUAUGUGUCUUUUAGAUACUUCCAGGGAUGGUGACUCAACUGUGUCCCUGGGCAGCCUGUUCCAAUGCUUGACCACCCUUUUGGUGAAGAAAUUUUUCCUCAUAUCCAAUCUUAACCUCCCCUGGCUCAACUUGAGGCUGUUGCUUCUCAUCCUAUUGCUUGUUACCUGGGAAAAGAGACUGACACCCUCCUUGCUACACCCUCCUUUCAGGUAGUUGUAGAGAGCGACAUGGUCUCCCCUGAACCUCCUCCAGGCUAAACAGCCCCAGUUCCCUCAGCUGCUCCUCACAGGACUUGUUUUCUCCUUAUCUUCUCUUUCUGUUUUGUCUUGUUCUUGUUUUUUCUCUGUGGUGACGGAUACUACUCAUUCACAGGAAUUAAUUUCCAGCUUGGAUUUUGUGGGGUCUAAAACCAGCUGGGCCAAGUGCAUCCCCAGCCAGAAGAUGGCUACAGAAGACCAUGGAGUUACACCAGGGACAACUCUGACCCACAAGACUUUGUUUUUGUAAACAUCCCUGCCUCACCAGGGUAACUAGCUCCCAGAGGGCUCUCGUACAAGUGGGGAUUUCUCCUUUUCUCAACCUGCCUCUCAGUGCUGUGCGGGAGCGCUGUACAGUUUCAAGGUGUGCUGCUGUCUCAUCUGUGAGGGGGAUCAGAGCUUCCCCCAAAUGGGAUGGAUCCCCAGAGGGAGACGCCCAAGAAAAACAACAUGGAGCAUCUAAUUGGUAAGCCUUACUUUGUGUGUCUGUGUGGGUUUUUUUCUCAGUAUUAGUAUAAAGGAGCAAAACUAACCAAGCAAAAAAAAAGUACAUUUGAUCCCAGGCAUUCACCAUGUCUCCCACAUAGGCUGGAGCUGAAAAUUCAGUAUGUGCCACUGUGAGUGAUGGAGCAAACUGCCUCAUACUGCCCUGCCAGCAUGUGUCAGCAUCUGCCUUCCAGCAAAAUAACCCCAGGGACUAAAAUGGCCAGUUCAGCUAUUGAUACACUUUUGUAUGUAGGGAUGGGAUGGAAAGGGAAAAAGAUGAGUUAGUUCAGGAAGGUAGAAGAAUUUUUCAGCUCCAAAAGGACACUUGAUGAGUUUGGACUUCUGUGAUGAACACCUGGUGCUCUCUUUUAAGCAAGGAAACUGAUGCCAAACCAAGUUGUUACGGGCAAUGUGUGCUGUUUUCACUGUUGUGUCUGGCUGUAAGUACGGAUGCUGUGGUGGGACAAGCAUAAUUCUAGGCAGGACUGAUCUGGGUGCUUGUCGAAAGCAGGGCGGUACAUAGUGGUUACAAGAAGCUGAGGCUACUCCGUCUCUUUGUUGCUGUAGGAGACUUAGGAGAUUUUUGCCUGCAGCACUUUAUGUUCACAGGGCGACUUGGACAGCAGCUUUUCAUUUGUUUUUCAAGUUUGAUACACACAUCAUGAUUUUGUGUAUCAAGUGUGUUCAUGAUGUACCAUCAUGAUGAGAGUAUUAAAAAAAUGCAAAGUGAAUCUUAUGAUUAUCCUGGAGCUUUUCCACAGCUGCUCGUUGAUGAGCUCUGACAUUUUGCAGUGCAUUACAGCUCGUGGUUUGCUCUGGACUGUAGACCCAAGUGAGUGAGGUUUUUUGGUGUUUACAACUAUUGUAAUCCAUAUAUGAGUGUGGCAAAACCAGGUCACUGAUAGUUUGGGUUGUGAGUGAUCCUUAUUCUUCACUACUUUUUUAGAGUCUUCCAUUUGUCACGUGGUAAAAUGGUUUGAAACUUCAGGGUAAUUUGAGAACAUUUGUGGUGUGUUUGGGGGAGCUAGGUCUGGAUUCACUAUUAAGAAGGCAAACUUUCAUAUCCUCCUUAUUGGAAUCUAUGUUUUUAGUUGGCAUGAGGAUCUCUAGGACAGUUCUCAUGGAGAAGGAUUCCAUUGUACUUUGUCGAGUUUUGGAUGUGUGCUUUUUGCCCAUAGUGGUGAUAGGUGUUAUCUUGACCCCCUACUUCUUCUCAGCUGCUUGAAUAUCAGUCUGCAAACUGUAGGCAUUUGUUCCCAGCCAUUCCCCCUGUCUGUGGAUUAUGUCAUUCCUGCCAGGUAUCUUCACAGUGGUUUCAGGUGGGUGAUGGUAGAUGAUGCUACAAUCCAAAAUUGCUUUUAAGGAGGUUCUUCAUAACCAUGUUUGGCACUGGAGAAAUAGAUCUGCAGACGUUUUUCUGUAAGCUAAUCGUUUAAAUGAAAUAGAGGGAGUGCAGAAUGUUGAGUUCUGCUGAAUACAAUAUCCCUUCAUGAUUGAUUUCCCCAAGUUUUGGAUGAAGAAUUAUGAAUGUUGCCCAUUCCAUGAGUUUCCUUGACCUCCCUCCACUGAUUAAAAGGCACUUGACUGCUGGUACAUCAUGUACCUGUUGUAGCCUGACUAGUUCAACCUGAAGUACACUGUGUGGCAAACAAGCAGCAGUGAAAGCGUUAAAGAUUUUCACAUUAAAGCAAAAGCCCUGUCUCCAUACACAUGGCCUUAAGGUCUUCCUGGUAAUUUACUCAGGGGAGCUCCUCCUACCAUUCCUACCACUGAUUGCAGAAUGGCUGAUGAUACCUCACAAAACAGCCAGGGGUUUCAAAUUACUGUUUUUUGGAAAGGGUCGGGAGGAAAGCUGGGCUCCCAGUGCACCAGUUCUGUGCUCAACUCUCAGGAAGGCUUGAAACUUGGCCUUCUUGGAUGCAAACAUAUUUAUGUGCAAGUAAUUAAACCUGCAGUGGGGACCUCAGAAUUAGGACGGGCAAGACUGCAAGCAGCAAAGGGCUUGGCUGGAACACCCAGGCUUGCAGUUUGCAUUGCCAGAGCUGCACGGAUGGAUGCUGGAGGGAGGAAGGAGCUGCAGGAGCGAUGUGUUGUGCCUCCUCCUCCAUGGUUGCUGGGUUUUUUUCUGACAAACCUGUCAGUCCUGCUCUGCUGGUCUGUUAACUUGUGUGUUACAGAUCAGGUAGCCUCAUGCUGUUUCGCUGUGGUGACAAGUUUUUUCUCACAAUGUAUAAAAUGAAUCAUUUUCUUUUCUAUUUAUCAGUUUCUGUCUGCAUAUGAAUUGAAUUUGAUGUCAGAAUUUCCCAGUGCAACCCUGUAACAUCCAAAUCAUGCUGCAUCUUUCCAUCAGGAUGGGGGACAUUCUUUAGAAGACCUCUGAGCCUUCAUCCGUCUCUCCUGCCUCUUCCUCUUGGGCUGGGAAACAGGGUGUGGUGUUCAGCUUCUUGUCUGCUGAUACUCAUGCCUGCAAAGAUUUUCUUCUGGCCCAAACCUGACAGUCGGGCAGCCCUUGGGGCCAGCCCAGCCCACAUCCCUGCAGCUUCUGCUUUUCUUGUGACUCUCCUGAGCCAGGGCAUUUCUACAUUUAGCAAAAUUCAGUUGACCUUGCAGCACUCCAUCCUGGUGGCACGACUGUCCUGUUCCACUCCUCACUCUCUUCUUUGAGGACCUCAGUGGCUCCAGCUGCUUUUCAAAGAGCAGCUGCUCCUUGGUCACCUUUUCCUUACAAAGAGACUCCCAAACUUCUAGUACUUGAACAACAACUCACCAUUGCCUUCCCUUCAGGCACUAAAAUGAUGAAAGUAUUUUGAUGUGUUUUUAUGAUAAUGAAAUAAUGAAAUUUCAUUAUCAUUACGUUCUGGGAUGAGACGAGCUGCAUCCAGUGAGAGAAUUGCUCAAAAUGCAGGGGCGUGCACUUUGACAAGCACUGGUUUUUAAGCUUAUGGUCCAGUGGAUGAACUGGUCCAUAAAUAUUCCUCAAAAUGUUCAUCUAAAGGCAGCAGGAGUUCCACUCAUUUUCAUUAUUAGCUGUUUCAUAUGAACUAAAUCUUUUGCCCCACUCAUGGCACACUGACAGAGAUUCAUAUCCAUGGAUACUCCACCCAAUGUUUUAUUUCUCCUUCACAGCCCUCAGCUUUGGCAAUGCUUUUCAUUUUUCCUCUUUCUUUCCUCUUGCAAAAUGUACUUUCUGACCCUUUUAACGUUUUGGGCAAAAGGGCAAUAUAGCUGGAUAUUUGCUUAGGUGUUUUUAUGACUUUCUAUGAGGGAUAGGAGGGAGGAAGAGGGAGUGAGUUUGCAGUCCCUCAUGAUUGCACUGGGCUAGAUCUACAUGCCUCAGAUAACUUUUCAAAAUUUGCAUUCAUUGCUCUUAUUCCUUAUUUUUGUUAUAGCUGACAGACGGGAAGGCAUUGGCGUCUGUGGCUGGAUCCUGGUUUCGCUUUCAUUCCUCCUGGUGCUUGUUACCUUUCCUAUUUCCAUCUGGACAUGUAUCAAGGUUAUCAGAGAAUAUGAACGUGCUGUUGUAUUUCGGCUGGGACGUAUACUGUCUAAGAAAGCAAAGGGACCAGGUAUGAUCCUCAUACUUCCGUGUACAGAUACGUUUAUCAAGGUUGAUCUUAGAAUGGUUACCUGUAACAUUCCUCCACAAGAGAUUCUCACGAAAGAUGCCGUUACUGCCCAGGUCGAUGGGGUGGUAUGCUACAGGAUCCACAGUGCUGUCAGCGCAGUCGCCAACGUCACUGAUGUCCACUCAGCUACCUUCCUCGUGGCACAGAGCACCCUGAGAGGUGUGUUGGGUACACAGAGCUUGGCUCAGCUCCUGGCAGGUCGUGAGGAGAUCGCGCACAGUAUUCAGGCUAUCCUCAACAGCGCUACGGAGCAGUGGGGAAUCAGAGUGGCCCGUGUGGAGAUCAAAGAUGUCAGGAUUCCUGUGGCCAUGCAGAGGGCAAUGGCAGCUGAAGCAGAGGCUGCUCGAGAGACAAGAGCUAAGGUCGUGGCAGCACAGGGCGAGAGGAAUGCUUCUGAAGCACUCAGGCAGGCCUCCGUGGUGCUGGCUGAGUCUCCAGCAGGUCUUCAGCUGCGCUACCUACAAACACUAACAACCUUGGCAGCAAAGAAUAAUUCCACCAUUGUCUUCCCUUUCCCUAUAAAUAUGCUUAAGAGUUCGGGGCAGAGAAGUAAGGAGGGAUAGAGACUGUUCUACACUAGCUCCUUGGGCAGAGACAUUUCCCAGGCUUCCUGGGAAGCAAGAGGUUCCGGAUUACCAGAAUUAAAGGAGAAGCAUGCUUGGGUCCUCUGUACCAAAAAUAAAAGUAAAAAUAGUUUAAUAAUCACACAUAGUUUCCACAUUUGGAGACUGCAUUUGCAAGGUUCAGGCACUAAGCAGUUUCAGUUUAGACUCAUCUCCAAGUUAAAUGGAAGAAAAUAUAUAAAAAUGGAAUAAAAUAUGUAAAAUGCAUGUUAGACUUAAAAUUAAAUUUUAAUGAUGCUUUCACCACAUUUUACAGUCUUGAGUGUAGCAAUUAUUUGGUGAUUUGUCUGCUAAGCAAGAACCUCUGAGCUCUUGAUGUAUGCAACACAGCAAAAGUGUCAGGUACUGGUAUUUAAUUUAAGUCCUGUGGAGCAGAAAGAAGAAUUUGGCCCCUAACCUUAGAGGUAUUCCUUAUAACUAUUAGCAGAAUUACUGGAUAAUUGGUAUAUCAGUGGAACAGCCUAUUCUUUACCUUAUAUGAGUAGAAAUCAGCGCUUGCUUUACUGACCUCAGCUGGAUUUUGCCAUAUAACUGACAUUUCUACAAGCUCUGUAACAAAAGGAGGAGAAUAUAUGUCCAGAUAUUACAGUCAUAUUUCCUAGAUCUGAAAGCUGGGGCAAUCCUCAAGGGAAAAAUUUUUUUCUAUAUUAAUCAAAGUAUCUGUCUUGCACCAUCAGGAAGUUUCUUAUCCUCCUUUGCAGAUGUCAUUAUGCGGCGGUGCAGGUCUUAUAUACAAUAAGCAUCUCCCUUCUUCUGAGGAAAGGCGGGGAGAGCUGGGCUUGCUUGAUCUAGAGGAGAGAAGACUGAGAGGGGGCCUUCUCAAUGCACACAAACAUCUUAAGGGUGAGUGUAGGAAGGAUGGGGCCAGGCUCUUUUCCGUGGUGCCCAGCAACAGGACAAGGGGCAAUGGGCACAAACUGCAACAUGGGAAGUGCCAUCUGAAUGUGAGGAAGAACUUCUUUACCUUGAGGAUGACAGAGCACUGGAAGAGACUGCCCAGAGAGGCUCUGGAGUUUCCUCUGGAGACAUUCAAAAUCCACCUGGAUGUGAUCCUGUGCAACCUGCUCUAGGAGAACCUGUUUUAGCAGGGGAUUGGACUAGAUGAUCUCCAGAGGUCCCUUCCAACCCUGACCAUUCUAGGAUUCUGUGAUUCUAUUUUCCAGCUGCCUGCUAUGAAUCUGAAGGCUCUCGUGGUGUAGCUGUUCUGGUAGGUGCUGCUGCUGUCUAGUGUCUUGUCCCCACAAGGCUCACUGCUCUCCCUCCUAUCCAGUACACAUUUGAUUCCAAAUUAAGCAGAUCAGGAUGGACCUAUUAAUUAUCAUAUUGUUGAUACAACCUCUUCUUAUUUUUACUGCAGUGUAACAUAAGCAGUCGAGGUGGCCAAUUUUUGUGCUCAGUAGCUGCUGGCAGGAAGACAAUGGUAUGGGCAUCUGAGGAUAGUGACCUGUUCAGCUUUUCGUUGUAGCUCGUCUGCUUCAGACAUGACGGCCAACUGGCAUUUCGCUGGCAAAUGAAAGAUGUAAAACCUGUAUUUGCAGGUGAUCUACUUAUCAGUGUUAUCAAAACGUUUUCUACAGACUUUUUCCUAUCCUAAGAAAAGAGAGGGUUUGAGUUUUAGGGUCAUGUUUCAUCAUCAACUUAGUUUACCAUUUGUGGAAGCCUUUCUAACCGUGACAGCAAACCCCCCUACCUUUCCCUGACAAAUAUUGCAUCUCCACUACAGAGCUGUUUGCAUACCUGCAGAAGCAGCAGCGCUUUAGAAAAAUGCAGCUACAGGUUGCGUCCGGUUUUUUGUUUUGGUUUGUUUUUAAGUAAUGCAAAGUAAUUAAACUCUAAAAAAAAGAAAAGCUUGAAAGACUUGUGAUUACAGGGUGCAGUUAAAAAGCACUUCUAUGUCCUGAGUGAGCUGUCAGCACUAACUAGCCUGUGCACGGCUCCUGGAUCAGGCACAGGACACAUCCAGUCCUGUUGUGGGCCAGUUCCUUUUCCAGCUUCAGAAGCACGUAUGGGAGUCCUGCUGUGGUACGAGUGGGAUCAUCUGUUCCCCUACCUGAGGACUCACAAUGAAAAUAAGAAAUUAACUGAUGUGCUGAAGCAUGAGUGUAUCUCUUUUCACUCAGCAGCAGUGUAAGACUGGCUGUACUCGCUAAUCUCAUGAAUGCCCAGUCUUGUUUCUGACCCAUGCAGACUUCUUGGCCUCUUUUUGUGUCCAGUGACAAUGACUGCAAGAAUUAAUCACCUCUGCAAGCCCAAUGAUUUUUCAUUUGA